AUGAGCACACAUAAAGACGUGAGACAGACAGCAGGAGAGGCCCACAGGGUACAGAUCAUUCUGAGCUUUGGGGGCCACACUUCCGAGAAUCGGACCCAGUCACGACAGCCCGGGGCGUUACAGCCCACAUCUGCCCCCAACACCGACGAGCCGCUGGGGAAGCACAGCCGAUUCCAAGGAAGAGGAGCAGGAAAAGGAAGCGCAAAACUGGGAAAGUACCAAAGAACGGAGGAUAAUCACGGCGCUGUUAUCAACUGCAGUGUUUGUGAGGACCCAGCAGAGGGUGCCGGUACCCCCGUAAAGCCUGUACCCCUCAUGGGUCCAGGCGGCGCUGAAGUGCUGAAGUCCAGGUCUCAGAGCCCUGUUCCACUGUGUCCGCCGCUGCCCCCCGGAGAGCACAGAGGUCAGUGCAGCGUUGCUUUGACACUGCCUCACGCACGCAGUCACGCAGCGCACCACAAGAGGAGCAACUGUUCCGGCCACGACACCAGCGAUGAAGGAGAGCAGUGUCCAAACAAACGCUGCAAUGACCUAAUGUGCUCCUACCGGGCAGCGGCGGACACAGGGAACAGGGCUCUGAAACCCAUCCAGAGACGACAAACACCCUCUUCAGUCAAGCGGUGA